GUCCAAUUGAAAUAGUUAAUUUUGCCAGUCUGGCCAAUUGAAAUUGUCAAAUAUACAUACCAUACUAUGAAUCUAUGAUGAUCCAAAUUUCAUUCUUUAAAAUUGCCGUUUUUUUUCCUUACUUUUUAUUGUACGAAACCCGUUUCUCUUUAUAGCUGCCCUUUAAGAAACGGACCCCUGCUUCAACUGCGUCUUCUCCGUGCAACAGUCAUCGUGAUUCGUGAUUUUUUCCAAGUUAUCAGUAACUGAAAAAUGCCUGCAGAAUCUGAAAAAUGGGGGUGGAAACAUGUAAGUGUGUUUGGAGGGUUUGAUAGAGGGAGUGGUACUAAAAGGUGGAAGUGUAACCACUGUAAUCAACGUUACAACGGGUCUUAUUCGCGUGUUAGAGCCCAUCUUCUUGGUUACAAUGGGUUGGGUGUCAAACCUUGUCCUGCAAUUGAUAAUUCUAUAAGAGAAACAUUUAGUGUAUUUGAGAAGGAUCGCGUAGCUAAGAAGCUUAUGAAGAAGAAGGGAGUUUCUUCUAGUCGAAACAAUAUGACAAAGUACACUGUUGGAGUUAACCAACAAACUGAACCUGUGGAUGAUAUUGUGGCAAGGUUCUUUUAUGUGGAUGGAGUGAAUGUCAACGUCGUGAAUUCAGCCUACUUUAGGGAAAUGGUAAAAACUGUGGGUGCUUUUGGUCCUAGUUAUGAGCUCCCUUCGAUGGAACAUUUAUCAGGCUCUUUGCUGAGUAAAGAAAAAGUCAGAUUAGAGAAAGCCUUGGCACUAGCUAGAGAAUCCUGGCCUAACACAGGGUGCACAAUACUAUGUGUGAAUCGUCUGGAUGGCUCACUCGGAUGCUUCUGUGUUAACUUUUUUGUAGCGAGUCCUAGAGGUGUCAUGUUCUUGAAAGAGGUGGACAUCAUUGAGGGAGAUGUACCAGAUAAUCUGUUCAUCAAUGAGCUUACCAAUGUGAUUGCUGAGGUAGGUUCUUCUAAUGUGUUUCAGGUCAUAACUCGUCUAGAUGGGCAAGUUAGUGAUGUUUUUGAGUCAGUGAUUUUAUCCAAGUUCCCUAAUAUCUUCUGGUCUCACUGCACUUCACAUUCUGUUCUUCUGUUGAUGGAGGAGAUGGCUAAUCUUGAUUGGAUGAAGGAUGUAGUUUCAACUGCUAGUGAGAUUGAGAGGUGUGUUUCUGCUUUUCGGAGUUCAUCUUCUUGCACUAAUUUAGAUGUUCUUAAGGGAUCCAGAGACCAAGUCUCACAAAAGUUUGCACCCUCUUUUUCCCUGGUUAGGAAGAUUCUUGAAAUAAAACAAACUUUGUAUGACUUAGUUGUUAGAGAAGAGUGGAAGCAAUGGAGACUUCAGAAUGCUCAGGAGGUCGGAUUCAAUGUUGAAGCAAUCAUAGCAAGGGAUGAUUUUUGGGGUCGGGCAAACUUAAUGGUAGAGGUGUUUGAACCCUUCAUGAGACUUCUUGCAACAAUUGAUGUCGAUAAAUCUAUGGGGGAUGUUUAUAAUUGGCAGAUUAUGUCACUUGAAUCCUUGAGGAGUAAAGGAAUAAAAGAUGAGCUGUUGUUGAAUCAGGUGGAAUUGCUUAUAGAAAAUAGGUGGGAUAAGUUAUUUUCUCCACUUCAUGGAGCAGGUUAUAUGUUGCAUCCUAAACAUUUUGGGAAAGGCCAGAGCAAGAACAAGUGUCUAUUGAGGGCUUGGAAUGCCACACUCGAGAGAUAUGAGUCUGGCUUCGAGGCUAGGAGAGUACUGAGAGAAGAGCUAGGUGUGUACUGGAGAGCAGAAGUAUCUUUUGGAGAAGAGGAUGCUGCAGACUGUAGAAAUAACAUGGAGCCAGUCACAUGGUGGGAGAACUUUGGAUUCGAGACACCUCAUCUUCAGACAUUAGCCAUUAAGAUUUUGAGUCAGAUUCCUAGUGCAGCAAUUAUGUGUGAGGAAAGCUGGCAAUUGUGCGAUAGCAUGCCAUGUAGGGAGGCUGUUGAAAAGCUUGGAUUUGGAUCAGAUCAAGCAAAAGAUUAUGUGUUUGUACGGAAUAAUCUGAAACUUCAGGCCCUCAGGCAUCGGAAGGUGGGUGGUCAAUCUGGUUUGGGGUGUGGAAAUUGGGGCAUAUGUUGUUGAGCUUUGUAUCCUAUUACAUCAUCAGUAGCACAUCAACUUCCGAAGCAAAACAUGCAAGUGAUGUAACAAUGCAGAUGGUUUGUUGGUGUGCCAGUUCAUGCCCAACAGCACUGCUGUUUGUUUCAUUUACAUCAGCAGGAACUUUUCUUGCUGAUUGUUGUGAACCAUAUGAUGUACUGUGAGGCCUGUCUGUAGUGUUUUAAUGCUGCAAAUUAUGUAAAGCUCUCAUGACAUGUAGUCUGACUUGUGAAAUCUUAUUGUAUACUAGUAAUGAUUCUUGUUGUAAAUGCUAUAAUCAUACACCUCAGUCCAUUUCACAGCA